GGUGCCGGCGCCGCUCGGCCAUGGCGGGCCCGGGCCGGGGCGCGACGCUGGAGACCCCGCGGCAGCUGCUGGGCCGCGUGCGCUUCCUGGCCGAGGCGGCGCACUGUCUCCGCGCCGGGCGGCCGCUGCCGGCCGCGCUGGCCUUCGUGCCGCAGGAGGUGCUGUACAAGCUGUACAAGGACCCGGCCGGCCCGUCGCGCGUGCUGCUGCCCGUGUGGGAGGCCGCGGGCCUGGGCCUCCGCGUGGGCGCCGCGGGGCCGACCCCCGGGCCCGGCCCGGGCCCGCUGCGCGCCGCCCGCGACAGCAUCGAGCUCCGGCGCGGCGCCUGCGUGCGCACCACGGGCGAGGAGCUGUGCAACGGCCACGGGCUCUGGGUGAAGCUGACCAAGGAGCAGCUGGCCGAGCACCUGGGCGACUGCGAGCUGGACGAAGGUUGGCUGCUGGUGUGUCGCCCGGCCGAGGGCGGGGCGCGCCUGGUCCCCAUCGACACGCCCGACUACCUGCACCGGCAGCAGCUGCUCUUCGGGGUGGACUAUCGCUCGGUGCUCAGGUGGGAACAGGUGGUGGACCUGACCUACUCGCAUCGCCUGGGGUCCAGGCCGCAGCCCGCCGACCCCUACGAGGCCGCGGUGCAGAGACUGCUCUAUGUGCCCCCGACCUGGACCUACGAGUGCGACGAGGACCUGAUCCACUUCUUGUACGACCACCUGGGCAAAGAGGAUGAGAACCUGGGGAGCGUGAAGCAGUACGUGGAGAGCAUUGACGUUUCCUCCUACACGGAGGAGUUCAAUGUGUCUUGCUUGACAGACAGCAAUGCAGACACCUACUGGGAGAGUGACGGGUCCCAGUGCCAGCACUGGGUGCGGCUCACCAUGAAGAAGGGCACCAUCGUUAAGAAACUGCUCAUCACCGUGGACACCACCGAUGACAACUUUAUGCCCAAGCGGGUGGUGGUUUACGGGGGCGAAGGGGACAACCUGAAGAAGCUGAGUGACGUGAGCAUUGACGAGACCCUGAUUGGAGACGUCUGUGUCCUGGAGGAUAUGACCGUCCAUCUCCCCAUCAUUGAGAUCCGCAUCGUGGAGUGCCGAGAUGAUGGCAUUGACGUGCGUCUUCGAGGGGUCAAGAUCAAGUCCUCUAGGCAGCGGGAGCUCGGAUUGAACGCAGACCUGUUUCAGCCCAGCAGUCUGGUCCGAUACCCUCGCCUGGAAGGCACAGAGCCGGAAGUCCUGUACCGCAGAGCUGUUCUCCUGCAGAGAUUCAUAAAGAUCCUGGAUAGUGUCCUGCACCACCUGGUACCUUCCUGGGACCACACGCUGGGCACCUUCAAUGAGAUUAAGCAAGUGAAGCAGUUCUUGCUGCUUUCGCGCCAGCGGCCGGGCCUGGUGACGCAGUGCCUGCGGGACUCGGAGAGCAGCAAGCCCAGCUUCAUGCCCCGCCUGUACAUCAACCGCCGCCUGGCCAUGGAGCACCGCGCCUGCCCCUCCAAGGAUCCUGCCUGCAAGAACGCAGUCUUCACCCAGGUUUACGAAGGCCUCAAGCCCUCUGACAAGUACGAGAAGCCCCUGGACUACAGGUGGCCCAUGCGCUAUGACCAGUGGUGGGAAUGCAAGUUCAUCGCCGAAGGCAUCAUUGACCAGGGUGGUGGUUUCCGGGACAGUCUGGCUGACAUGUCAGAGGAGCUGUGCCCCAGCUCGGCAGACACCCCCGUCCCCCUGCCUUUCUUCGUGCGCACGGCGAACCAGGGCAAUGGCACUGGUGAAGCCCGGGACAUGUACGUCCCCAACCCAUCCUGCCGAGACUUUGCCAAGUAUGAGUGGAUCGGUCAGCUGAUGGGGGCUGCCCUUCGGGGGAAGGAGUUUCUGGUGCUGGCUCUGCCGGGCUUCGUGUGGAAGCAGCUUUCCGGGGAGGAGGUGAGCUGGACCAAGGACUUCCCAGCCGUGGACUCCGUGCUGGUGAAGCUCCUGGAAGUGAUGGAAGGGAUGGACAGGGAGACCUUCGAGUUCAAAUUCGGGAAGGAGCUCACCUUCACCACUGUGCUGAGUGACCAGCAGAUGGUGGAGCUGAUCCCGGGGGGUGCCAGCAUCGUGGUGGGCUACGAGGACCGGUUGCGUUUCAUCCAGCUCGUGCAGAAGGCGCGCCUGGAGGAGAGCAAGGAGCAGCUGGCAGCCAUGCAGGCGGGUCUGCUGAAGGUGGUGCCACAGGCCGUGCUGGACUUGCUGACGUGGCAGGAACUGGAGAAAAAGGUGUGCGGAGACCCCGAGGUGACGGUGGACGCUCUGCGCAAACUCACCCGGUUUGAGGACUUCGAGCCGUCGGACACGCGGGUGCAGUACUUCUGGGAAGCGCUGAACAACUUCACCAACGAGGACCGGAGCCGCUUCCUGCGCUUCGUCACCGGCCGCAGCCGGCUGCCUGCUCGGAUCUACAUCUACCCCGACAAGCUGGGCUGCGAGACCACAGAUGCGCUUCCCGAGUCUUCCACCUGCUCCAGUACCCUCUUCCUGCCGCACUACGUCAGUGCCAAGAUCUGUGAGGAGAAACUCCGCUAUGCAGCGUACAACUGUGUGGCCAUCGACACUGACGUGAGCCCUUGGGAGGAGUGAGGUGGCGCCGUUGGCUACCCAGGGGCCACAGGAUGGGAUCCCGAAGGACCCCCUGGCUCAGCCCAGGGUGAAGACUCCUUUCUUGGACCAGUUAGGGUCUGUGCUUUUGAUCUGAGCUGCUGUGUGCAGGGAAAGUCAACGUCCAGUGUAUACUGCCCCUGUGUGCAGUUCAGUAGGGGGCCGAGAUUGACCUGGGCCCCGCCCCACAGAAGCACAAGCCCUGUGUGUGCGGAGCCAGGAAACCUUCCCCGGGGCAGCCUGUGCUGCCCAUCCUGAGCUACUUGAAGGGGCCGUCUAGCUCCCCAGCCCAUGGGCCUGGCCUCCGGCUGUCCUUCUCCCUCCUUUGGCUGCCUUGUUUUUUUCUCUGCCUUUAGCCUGGACUCAACAUUUCAAACUCUGAAGGGUGGUAGAGUCUCCAUCCCAGAGAUGGGUCGGGACCAAUGGGAAAGGAGCAUCCUGCUGGUCCCCAAGGAUGGCAGAAGCCAGGUCCCCCUCCCUCAUACUGCCUGCCCUUCCAUCUCAGCCUCAGCCACGAAGUGCCACUGUCUUCUUUGGCACAGAACCGGCAACUGCUCCCCCUUCCUCCCAUUUUGUACCCCCUUAGGCCCACACUCUGCCGUACCCCUCCCUGAUGCUCCACCUGCUAUUUCAGAAACCCUAAGAUUAUGCACAGGUUAAGGCUAUUUUUCUAAGACCUUUGAGGAUUCCGCUUGAUCCAAGUCCUUCGAUGUAGUCCUGCUUCUGGCCCUUGUGUAUCUCCUCGGCCCCAGCCCCCUCCCCUCCAGGCCUCCGUGACACUC